AAGACAAUAUCAUGGCAGCGACACACACAAAAUACUGGUGGAACGCAGCAGGCUAGGCAGCAUCUGUAGGGAGAAGCACUGUCGACGUUUCAGGCCGAGACCCUUCGUCAGGACUAACUGAAAAGAAAGAUAACUUGCAGACCUUUGCCUCUUCUAAUGAGCAGAAACAUGGCAGAGGAAGAGGGGAAAUUCCAAACAGUCGAAAUGUUUAAAUUCAAAGGCUGCAAUAUGUCUAGGAUUCAUACUAUCGAACGUCUAGAACAGAUGGAAAACUAUGAUAUUCGAGAUUCUGAUGUAUUUGUAGUAACGUAUCCUAAAUCUGGAACAAUAUGGAUGCAGAAUAUUUUGAAACAUAUUUUUAUGGAUGGAGAUUUGCAAAUGGGAGAAUACAAGUCAUCUUACUGCGAGGUUCCCUGGCUUGAGUUAGCAUUAAAGGAAAUUAAUGUGGAUGACCGCCCAUCACCUCGAUUGUUUGUCACACAUCUGCCUUAUGAAAUCAUCCCAAAAGCUUUGAAGAAGAAAAAGGCCAAGGUUAUCUACGUGUACAGAAACCCCAAGGAUGUUGCAGUCUCCUUUUACCAUUUUCACAAGUUUGCUAAUUAUUUGGAAACUCCAGAAAGUUUUGGGGCUUUUCUUCAGAGAUUUCUGAAAGGACAAGUGGAUUACGAUAGCUGGUUUGACCAUGUUAAAAACUGGUAUAAUCACAGAGAAGAAUUUAAUAUUAUAUUUCAGUCAUAUGAAGAGAUGAACCAGGACCUGAAAACAGCCAUAAUAAAACUCAGCAAAUUUCUUGGAAGAUCCUUGGACGACAGAAGCAUUAACAUAAUAGUUGAGCAUUGUGCCUUUAACAACAUGAAAAUGGAUCCCACAUCAAAUUAUGAAAAUGCCAGAUUUCCAAUGUUUGACCCAAGAGUUCCAGGAUUUAUGAGAAAAGGGAUAGUAGGGGACUGGAAAACCCAUUUCACUGUGGCCCAAAACGAGAUGUUUACUAAAAUAUUCCAAGGAAAAAUGGAAGAUGUCCCACUGAAGUUCAUCUGGGAACUUGGUGAAUGAAGAAUUUUAUUUGAAUAACUCUGAAAACUGUCUAUUAGCCAAAAUGCUUCAAGGUUCCAUAAUAAUACUGCAAAUAAUUUGUUACUUUUCAUUCUUAUUCCAUUAAAUUUUGUGUGCAAUUUAUUCUGAGAUACAGUGCAUUAUCAGUACAUAUUGUAAUGCUAUCAGAAAGUAACAGAUUAGUACUUUUCAAAAUCAUUGUGCUGCUGUGUUGAUUCAGUCAAGAACUAAAAACCAAACACAAGGAAAUCUGCAGAUGCUGGAAAUGGAAAGCAACACACAUGGAAUGCUGGGGGAACUCAGCAGGACAGGCAGAAUCGAUAGAAAUGAAUGAACGGUCAACAUUUAAGGCUGAGACCCUUCAUCAGGACUGGAAAGGAAGGGGAAAAGUCAGAUUAAGAAGUUGGGGGGAGGGGAGGAAGAAAUACAAGGUGGUAGUGGUGGGUGAAACUGGGAGGGGGGAAGUAAAGAGCUGGGAAGCUGAUUGGUGAAAGAGAUUAUUUGCAUUUAUUUGUUUUUUGACAUAGAGUGGGGUAUAGGCCCUUCUGGCCUUUCACUACCCAGAAAUCCCCCAAUUUAAUCCUAAAUUAAUCACAGGAUGAUUUGCAACAUAAGAGGAAGACAAAAUUGAAGAAGGUGAAUACAGGACUGAUGGUGUUAUAUUUGAAUGCUCGCAGUAUCUGGAAUAAGGAAGAUAAACUUGAAGCACAGUUGCAGAUUGGCAGGUAUGAUGUUAUAGGCACCACGGAAUCACAGAUUAUAGCUGAAAGUUUAACCUCCAAGGAUACACACUAUAUGGAAAGGAUAGGCAGAAAGGUAAUAAAUGAAAUCAGACCAUUAAGAAGAGGUGAAAUAGGGUCAGAGGGUGUUGAAUCACUGGCUUUUAUUCACUUAUGGCUAGAAGGACAACCUUGCUUAAAUGUAAGGAGAUUGCCACCCCUCCUCCCCGCCCACACAGGCUCAAUGGUUAUGUGAUUAUUAUAAAAUACUAUAUGUUAAAGUACUCUCUUCUUUUUUUUCUUGUUUUUCUUUCUCCAUCCAGCUUUGUCUCGGUAGGGGGUAUAGAUUUUUAAAAUAAUAUAAUCAAUCAUACUAAUGUAUUUCAUUAUUCAAUUCAUUUUAUUUGAUAGAUCAUCAAUAUGGGAUACUGUGAUUGUAUCAUUAUGAUUUAUAUAUAGUGCUAUCUUAUUUUGAUUUAUAUUAAGUAUUCUUAUGAACUCUGUAUUUGUGUAUAUGAAAUUCAAUAAAAAUAUUGGGAAAUAAAAGGUGAAAUAGGGUCA